UAGCGAGGCGCCGCGCCGUCCGCCUUCCGGUAGAAGAGCCGCGCAGGCGCAGAGGAGGGCAGCCGGUGGCUGGCCGAGCGGUCGGGAGGCUCGCCAUGCCGUACGCCAAUCAGCCCACCGUGCGCAUCACCGAGCUCACGGACGAGAACGUCAAAUUCAUCAUCGAGAAUACUGACCUGGCGGUGGCCAAUUCCAUCCGGAGGGUCUUCAUCGCCGAGGUGCCUAUAAUAGCCAUUGACUGGGUUCAGAUCGACGCCAAUUCAUCUGUCCUUCAUGAUGAAUUCAUUGCCCACAGGCUUGGAUUGAUCCCUCUUACUAGCGACGACAUCGUGGACAAGUUGCAGAACUCUCGGGACUGCACCUGUGAAGAGUUCUGCCCUGAGUGCUCAGUGGAGUUCACCCUCGACGUGCGUUGUAAUGAAGAUCAGACCCGCCACGUGACGUCCCGAGACCUCAUCUCCAACAGCCCUCGGGUCAUUCCGGUGACAUCCCGGAACCGGGACAAUGACCCCAAUGACUACGUGGAGCAGGAUGACAUCCUCAUCGUCAAGCUGAGAAAGGGCCAGGAGCUGAGGCUUCGAGCCUACGCCAAAAAGGGCUUCGGCAAAGAACAUGCCAAGUGGAACCCCACUGCAGGGGUGGCUUUUGAAUACGACCCAGAUAAUGCCCUGAGGCACACCGUGUACCCCAAGCCCGAGGAAUGGCCCAAGAGUGAGUACUCAGAGCUGGACGAGGAUGAGUCCCAGGCUCCCUACGACCCCAACGGCAAGCCAGAGAGGUUCUACUACAACGUGGAGUCCUGUGGCUCUCUGCGGCCCGAAACCAUCGUGCUGUCAGCACUCUCCGGGCUGAAGAAGAAGCUAAGUGAUCUGCAGACUCAGUUGAGCCACGAGAUCCAGCGUGAUGUGCUAACCAUCAACUAGCUGUAGCUUGCCUGCUUCGAUACCCGGGGUCCCCACCCUCAGCUGCAUUUCAGGCUCCUCUCCCUCUGAGAUCUGGACUACCAUGGCUGGAAUUUCUUGGGGGUGAGGUGGUUGGGGGUGCCAGUACAACUGGGAGUGGUCGUGUAGGACCAGAGAUCACUGGACUUGGGCAGGGCCUUGGUUUCCUUUACGUUCAUCCUUCCUUGGCCAGUCCUGCCACCCAGGACCCAAACUGUCUGCUGAAUCCUGCAUCCAUGCUCGCCUGUCCAUGUGAAGAGCUGGCCCUCUCCCAGCUCUAUGAACUCCCUUGUGCAGGGGGAGGCUCGCUCAUGGAUGCACCUUGGGCUGUUGGUGUUAGAAUUAGGUGCUGGAACCUUUAUUCAGUGUGCCUGUAACCCUGUCCUUUUCCCACAGCCAGCCUACUGACCCUGCAAAUUCCAGGUGCCCCUAAUUAGGGAAGUCACCAUUUGGGCAUAGCAUUAGACCCUGCAAAUAAACAGACUGUUUUAUGUUU